CAGUGUGUGUGGCACUGCGUCUUAGACAUGGCGACGCCAAGGGGGUGUGCGUGUAUGUGGUGCUGAUGCUGAGAGAUGGAGGAGAGGGAACGGAAAUAUCUCAGCUCUCUGGUGUCGGGACGGAAAACAAUACUCAGAUAAAUGGCUCUUUUAAGUUGGGAGCUGCUCGUGUUCUGUCUAGCUGGCAGAUGCAGUGCCUAGUCCCUGGCCUCCAGGACAACGCCAACAUGAACGGAACGUCCGAGCAGGCCGACAUCCUGCCUCCAAACUGCAUGGUCAAGGAUCGAUGGAAAGUGCUAAAGAAGAUUGGCGGGGGUGGGUUUGGGGAGAUCUAUGAAGCCUUGGACUUGCUUACGCGGGAAAAUGUGGCCCUAAAAGUGGAGUCAGCCCAGCAGCCCAAACAGGUGCUAAAGAUGGAGGUGGCAGUGCUGAAGAAGCUGCAAGGUAAAAACCAUGUCUGUAAGUUUAUUGGCUGUGGGAGAAACGACAAAUUCAACUAUGUCGUCAUGCAGCUUCAGGGUCGUAACCUGGCUGACCUGCGAAGGAGCCAACCCAGAGGAACCUUUACCAUGAGUACCACCCUGAGACUUGGGAAGCAGAUCCUGGAAUCCAUUGAAGCCAUCCACUCAGUGGGCUUUUUGCACCGUGACAUCAAACCGUCAAACUUUGCAAUGGGACGGCUCCCCUCCACCUACAGGAAAUGCUACAUGCUGGACUUUGGUCUGGCAAGGCAGUACACCAAUACCACAGGAGAGGUCCGCCCGUGUUGUGUUUGUCUUUCUUACAGUUCCUUUGGAUUUAUGAUUUUGACGUGCAUGCCUCCUGUUUCUCCAUCAUCUCCAUGGUUACCCAGGGAUCCAAGAACUGUGGCAGGUUUUAGAGGGACCGUCCGCUAUGCUUCAGUCAAUGCUCACAAAAACAAGGAAAUGGGUCGCCAUGAUGACCUUUGGUCAUUGUUUUACAUGUUGGUGGAGUUCGCUGUUGGGCAGCUGCCUUGGAGGAAGAUCAAGGAUAAGGAACAAGUUGGUCAAAUUAAAGAGCGUUAUGACCAUCAGCUGCUGCUCAAACACAUGCCUUCAGAGUUUAAAAUCUUUCUGGACCAUGUUCUGGCUCUGGACUACUACACUAAACCAGAUUACCAGCUGCUGAUGUCAGUGUUUGAGAACAGUAUGAAGGAGCGAAUCAUUACAGAGAAUGAACCCUUUGAUUGGGAAAAGGGAGGAAGUGAUGUCACGCUGUCAACCAGUGCCUCCACCCAACCACAGCACAACACCCGACCUACUGCAGCCAUGGUGGGAGCCAUUGUGACGCCAGUUCCUGGAGACCUACAGAGGGAGAACACUGAUGUUCAAGACGAGCAUCUCAGUGAUCAGGAAAAUGCUCCUCCACCUCCGCCGAGCCGACCCCCUGGGGAAACAGGUGUCCAGCAUUCUGGAGAGACUGGAGAAGGCUGGGAUGAUACAGACUUCAACCGCAAUAGACUCAGGAUCAGCCUAACCAAGGGGGCUCAGGAAGAGGAAGCAAUUCGAGGGGCCUGUCCAGUGUCUCCUGUACGAGGCGUAGGACCCGAGUCCCCAACAGGACAGGGUCGGUCCUUACGAUAUCGGCGGGUCAACAGCCCAGAAUCUGAUCGUCUCUCUGCAGCUGAGGGCCGGGCUGACGCCUAUGGACAGAGGUCUAGGAUGGACAUCCUCGGUUCUCCAUCUCGUCACGUCUACUCCUCCCAGCCGGCUCAGAUGCUGUCUGUUGACCCCGGCUGCCGUGGAGAUCGUCAGGUCAGUGGCCGUCAGGAAGUGUCCGUGGCAUCUGUCGACCAGGAGGCCCACAGCAACGCCUUUAUUCGUUCUGUACCGCUGGCAGAGGAGGAAGACUUUGAUAGCAAAGAGUGGGUGAUCAUUGACAAAGAGGCAGAGCUGCGGGACUUUCUUCCAACCACGUCAGGAACUACUGACGAGGAGCCUGAGGAGCUACGCCCUUUGGAGGAACAGGAGGAGAGGAGGCGACUCAGGGCUGGAGGAGCGGAGCCAGUAGUUCGUCCGAAGACUCACACACGGGAGAGCAGUCGGGGGAUGCUAACACUAACAGAGGAGGAGGCAUCAAGGAAAAGUGGUGGCAGCCCAGCACAGUCGCCCUGUCAUUCUCUGCCAUCAGGACGUCCUCGCCGGAGAGAGUCUGAGCCCACUGGACCUCAGAGGCCGUUGGAGGAGGACAGGCAUCAACCACGGCCCAACCAACUGAGGAGGCUGGCCUCCUAUGUCUUUUCUUCCUCCACCCUUGAGACAGAGCAGUAUCCUCAUGGAGGAGGGAGCUUUAUCCAGAGGAGCCGCUCAGCUGAGAGCAGCCCAGCACACGUCAACACUACAACUUCAACCCGCCGGCGGCAUGCUGGCACUCUGCCGACCCCUGGCAGCCCACGGAGCAGACACUCUGUUCUGAAUAUGUCGAGGGCACAGCUGCAGCACGUGUUAGCUAAGCUCAUGAACAAGAACAACAGCUGAGAGAUGGACUCAAACGCAUAUUAAAUUAACACGUGUGUUAAGUAUACACAUACACAAUACACACAUACUGUAUGCAGGGUUGGUCACACCAAUUUGGGGCCCGGUGCAGUUUGGCCUCUUGGUUCCUUUUGUUCCAUUACAUGUUCCACCAUUUGUGUUCCACAGUCAAGAUCAUCUCUGGUGCAUUUGCUCUGAUUAAGAGCACCAACUAUUAAAAUACUAAUUAUUUGAUUAGUAUUUAUCCAUAAAUCUUUAAAUUUCAUUGGCCCUAAAUAAAAUGUGUAGGAUGUUUUAAAAGGCCCUUAAAUUACGAGGCAUCACUGGUGAGCUGGGAAGACAUUUGACCUGUGUCGAAACAAGGAGUAUACCUAUUAAUACCAAAAUAAAACACAGCUUUGCCUUCGCAUUUGGCUUAUUAAAUAUUUCUGGCCAGCUCUGCAUAUACAAAUAUUCUAAUGAAUGUACACAUAAAUAUAUCAGACAUGAUAAAAACAGCACACUAAGAGCCAGACAUGGUCAUGAAACAAAACAAGCCAUAUUACUGGCAGACAACAGCACUGCUAAGCUGGUAAACACUUAGUAUCACACACACAUUCACAGUCAUGUAGCUCUAUCAAUUGUAAGAAAAGGAACAGAAGAAAAGAAGAAAAAUGCUCAAGAUGGGGAAUAUUUUCCAUGCAAUAAACUCUAACAAGCCUCUACAAACCUGAUGUUGCACAUGCCACAGAUCAGGCAGACUCAUGUGAAUAAUGUGAAACUGAACACGUCCUUCUUGCUUCUAUGAAGAAGAGGAGCGUGAAACAGAGUGGGGCUGCAAACAGACUGUUAAGCUUUACAGUAUCUGUGCAUUUAUUUAUUUCAAUUCUUUUCUGCUAAAACAAAAGUGUGAUUAUCAACGAGUGCAGGUUAUUCCACCAAGGUUUUGCACCAAGACUUCACAGUGUCGCCAUCACUCAACCAGUGAUAUAAACAUCUCACUCUGCUUCUGCUUCAUUAAACUCUGUGUGUGAAGAGAAAGGGGUAUGUGAUAAAAGUCUUUCUCAAGGUGUGAAAAGGAAUUCAGCAUUAACCUCUAAUUACACCUUUUUGAAGAAAAAACUGUUACCGACACCAAGAAGUACAGUGUCCCUAAAAGACAAAUAUUUCACAAAAAAUAAUAGUUACUAAAUAAAUUGAAACUAAUUAGUAAAACAAACCAACACACACUGGCAUGUCGUAAAUGAAUUAACACCAAUAACAAAUUUACAAAUGUAUAAAAUCAAAUUUUUUUACAUUAAUUUAUAUUACAAAUGAACAACUCUACCACUACAUGGUAAACAAAUUAACAAUAAAGACAAUAUUCUACCUAAGAAUAUAAAAAGAUUCCUUUUCAAAACAAGCAAAAAUCAUGAAAAAAGACCAAAAAAAUUUUGUUGUUUUUUCUUGAAUGGAUUUGUUAUUUAUAGUUUAUAGUCUUAUUUAUAGUUUUAAUACGCUAAAAAGUUUAUUUGAAAGAAAUCAUUUUCUGAACCGUUUUCUUUGCUGUUAAGGGCCACCUCUUAACUGGAAAAUGUAUAGGGCUGAAGAAGGCUGCCAGAUAGGACCUAACGAAGUUGAAGCAUGUUUUAUGACAUUUUUAAAAUUAACUUUUGCACUUUUUUCUAAUGAAUUCUCAUUAGUACUAGAGGACUGUAAAAGAAGUGAACUUACAUUUGGAACAUUUAAAAUUACAUGUCAGUUUGUGAAGUGUUUGCUGGAGCUCUUGUUUGACUCUUCUUUGAUACAUAUUUUAAGGUGAUCGGGAUCCAUUCAAGUACAGAAACUGAGCUAAACAGAAUGUGCUUGGAUGUAUUGUUCCAUCAAAAGAAUCGUGCACAUUAGUUGUUUUGCACAACAUAUCUGUGAUUUUCUUUCAUCAUUUUCCUUUUUCUGUUGAGCAUAAUUUGAGCACACUCACUGAGGUUCCAGAUUCCCAUGGAAUGCAUCCAGCAUUGCUAUUUGCAUUUGUGUGCUUGUGUGGAAUGAGUUUGGGGCAUUCACAACCGUUCCAGUCAGUGAGCCCAUUACUGAAAUAUGUUAACAUCUAUUUUUCAUAACAUCAGGAUCCUUUUGAAUUCAUUCAAAUAGAUUCAUUCAAAUUGUUAAAUGUUUUAAAUUGUACAUUUAAAUUUGUAAACUUGUUUGAGUUUGAGUUAAAUCCAGGUCUUCCAGAGGAUGCAGUCAAUCUUGUUAUAUUUAUCGUUAGUUUAAAAUAUAUUCAAAAAGACUUAUUUUAUGUAUUGUAUGUUGGGUUUCUGUUGGAAGUACUGAUGUAAAUAGACACAUAGAUAGAUAUCACACCAACACCUAAGGUUACUUGGCGAAUUGCCUGAAGGGGUAUACCAGAGAGACAGAACCCAGGAGAAUAAUCUGGAUGUUCUCUACUGAACCAUCCAAGGUAUACUUUUAGUGACAGGGGAACAAUAUGGGAACAGCCCCACCAAGUCUGGAGACACAGCAAAACUGGAAGAUCAGAUGGAAGAAGAAUGCAACAAAUAAUAACAAUCGUUAGUGGUUAGUGGUUCUAAGAGCAGGCCACAGCAACCUUGAACAAUUUCCAGUAACUAUCACAGUGGCAGACAUCCAAGAAAGAGUCUCAGGCAUGAAGAGCUGGAGAGCACUAGGCCCUGACACUUACUGGCUAAAGAAGCUAAUUGCACUUCAUGACCGCCUGGCAACAUAAAUUAAGUUGCUGUUUAUGGAUGAGACACACCCAGAAAGGCUAACCGGACAGCCCUGAUCCCCAAGUAUGUCCAACUACCGACCAAUAACCUGCCUCACGGAAACUCUUGUCAGGUAUCAUAGCAGCUAAGAUGGACAGGCACAUGGCUCAGUUUAUGAGUGAGGCCCAGAAAGAAGAAACACCACAGGUGCAGAACACCAGCUCCUGCUUGAUAGAGGAGCUGUCACUUAAGACCAGACUGACCAACCUGUGCACCGCCUAUGACAAUACCUGACACAUGGAUCCUGGAAGCCGAGAAAUGUACAAGGUCAACAGGAACCUAAGAGCCGUUAUCAGGAAUUCAAUGGGGAUGUGGCAAACAACACUAGAGGCCAACUUCAAUCCAAUUACACAAGCCACUAUUAAGUGUGGUAUUUACCAAGAAGGUGCUCUGUCCUCACUGUUAUUCUGCAUAGGUGUGAAACCAGCCAGAUCAUUAACAAGACUGGCUUCGGAUACCUACUAAAGAAUCAAGCAAUGUCAGCCAAAUCCUGUACAUGGAUGGCAUCAGGCCACAUGCCAGGAGUGAAUGAGACCUUGAUUCGCUGAUCCACGCCAACAUCAGAAUGUCAUAGUCGAAUGGUAGCAAAGACAGGGAAAGUAAAUGGUGAGUGGACUGGUUCUCAUAUAGCGCUUUUUUACUCUAUCUGUGCACUCAAUGCGCUUUACACAACUUGCCUCAUUCACCCAUUCACACAAGCACUUUUUUCUUUGCUAUUUCUAAGUGCUUUCUGUCUAACUUUCACACGACAGGCAGCAUUGCAGGCAUUGAGGAUAGGUGCAAGUACCUUGCAAGCCCACCUGCAAAUAGGAACCACGAAGAGGCCCCGGGAAAGCUGCAGGCACCAAAUACCUGCAGAGAUUAAGAGAAGCUGAAUGACAAGAACAAGAUCCAAGCAAUCAAUACCACCACCCUGCCAGUUGUAAAAUACCCUGCUGGGAUAAUAAGCCAUAACCAUACAUUGAGGGUUUCACCAGAAGUCCAGCACGCCAAGACUGUACAAUAAGCAGAAGAAAGGAGACCAAGGAGUACAUCAGGAAGAUGGUCACAAGUGAGAAAUCCAAUGGCUGGACAAAGCUGGACUGAAAAGAGGCACUAAUCAUGGCAGUGCAGGAACAAGCUCUAAGAUCGAUAGAGGCUGGGGUCUACAACACCAGGCAAGACCCCUGAGACAAUCAGGCACAUUACAGCAGGGGGGAAAAUGCUAGCAGGCAGGGCAUACAUGAAAUAUCGUAACUAGGGGUAUAAUGACCAAUCUAAGAUCCUGUGGGACUUCCAGAUACAGACGGCCAAACUGCUUAUGGCUAACCAACCGGACAUAGUAGUGGACAAGCAGAGGAAGAAGGUCAUAGUGAUAAAUGUAACUUUACCAAGUCAAAGUGAGAAAUACCAAUGGCUAAGAGAGGAGCAAGAGAAAAUGUGAUCCUGUGGUAUCUGGAGCGCUUAGGGCAUUUACCCCUAAACUGGGUGAGUGGUUCAGAUCCCAGGAACGGAAUCAGAGAUCUCUGUCUUGAAAAAUGCAGUCCUAGGAACAGCAAAGAUACUGUGCAGGAUCCUCAAGCUCCCAGGCCUCUGGUAGAGGACCCAAGCUUGAAGCAUAAAAGACUGCCUGCAAGCCAGCUGCGCUUUUUUUGAUUUUUUGCACCUAAUAUCACAUAAUAGAUCCAGUAGAGCAGAAUAAGGGAUUUUUAUUUUUAAAAAUGCAAAGGUCCACUUUAUCUUCUAAACAAACAUGAUGAAACAUAACAUUAACAGUUACAUUAUAAGGUCAGUGGCCAGGGUGUCAGUGCCAGGUAUGAUUGACGAAGAGGUGCUUUUUGUUGGGAAAUUGAAAUGGUUCAACACUGGAAAGAUAACCAGAGAUAAAAAAAAAAAAGAGAGAAUACAGACAAAGUAAAUGGUUUUUCAUUUUGGAGAACUUGUUGGAAAAACUCUUAUCUCUAUAAACAAAAGAAUUUGUGAGCAAUGGAAAAGAUCUUGGAAACAGAAUAUUUCAAAAUAUUUAUAUUUUAUUUCUGUUUAUAGUUUGAGUAGCAUUCAGUUUCAGCCAGGUCUGCAAGCAAUAAGUCUGUGAUGGUUACGAUCAUCAGCUUUUACCUGACAAUAAUGUAACUUUUAAUUUGCUUUUUAACCAACACAAAUAUCAGUUAUCCAGAUAUCUCCUGGCUUUUAUCGGAAGCUCAGAAAUAUUGGUCUUCUCAAUGUGUCUGUGUAGGUUUUCAGUCAUCCGGGUCAUGGUAGUCUAAAGAGCUUGGAAAGAAAGCAAGUGGAAGUCUUAAAGUUUCGUGAAGAUAUUUCACCUCUCAUCCAAAAAGGUUUUUGAGUUCCAAAGUAAAAUGGUUUAGGGUCCUAAGUAUUUUAAGCCCUAUUUGGGGUACCCUAAGAGGCUAACUGACCAACCACAUGAGCCAAGAUGUGAAAAAACAUGGAGGGUUUCAGGAGGAAAGACAUACAGUAUACAUGUCUUUCCUUCUGAAACCCUCCACUUUAUUCACGUCAUGGCUCAUAUAAUAUAGUCUGUUGUAUGCUGCUGUUAAAGAACAAUUUUCUCUUUAGUCUUAAAUAUACAUAACAUUAGAUAAGAUGGCCAUGUUGUGCAAUGAAAGACAUGCUGGGGUAAUGUCAGGGCUACAAAGGGCUACAUUAACUAAAUACGCACCACUUGCGCUUUUAUUUAGCUUCUAUUUGAGGCAUUAUCUCUGUGCCAACAGUUAUUCAGAUCCAGCCUGAUGGGACGAAUGAGUUUGUUUUCAUGCUGCUUCACACUGAGUUCAGGACACCCUGUAUAUUUUAUAUUACCACAGCAUUACAACAUAAACACUUUGAGAAUGUAUGAAGGGGACUAGCUGCUAACUUUGAACUUUAUUUUGCAUGCAAGCAAAAUGAUUUAACUACCACACAGGAUUGUAACUAGUACAAUCCUGUAUCACCAAAAGGUAAUGCUACAUUUGGUUACAAACAGGGAGUAGAAAUAUGUCAGUGUGCUUAUUCUACUAAAAACACCUCAAGUCUAAAAGAGGGAUCUGCAACAGGUGUCAUCUUGUACCAAAACUGUUUGCCAACUGUGUUCAUUCUGUGCAUGAGAUCUGCUAUCUGAACAACAUGCAUUGCCAACUGUAAAGAACAGCACUGUGCAGUAAUUAUGUAUACACCUCUGACUAAAAGAAGUCUGGGAUUGUUCUGUAAAUAAUUCACAUCUACACGACAUACUCACGGAUCAGACCUGUCGCGCUCUUAACUGACUUUAUUAUGAUGAAGAAAGAAGUGACAGGAGAUUUUCUUAAAAUCUUGACAGCUACAGAAUGCAAAGAAUUAUCUCAAGUCUUUUUGAUUUGAGUGUUUUUGAGUGAUUAUGUGAAAAUAUAUUUUAGGUGUUCUCCAGUUAGUGGAGGAACAACCUGCGAUUAACCAUAUAUGUAUAUUAUGAGGUUUAUAGGUUUUUAUUUUGAAAACUCCACAUUUUUAAAGUUAUAAUUAACUGGAAGAAUAACAUUACAUAAAAUUACAGCAGUUGUAAAGCCAUUAGUUGAUUGAGUAAAACAUAUUAAAACUGUUAAGGUCUACCAUAGAAAAUAUGGCAUGAUUCACAAAAAUUCUAAAAUAAAUAAAGAGAUAUGUCCUUCCAGAUAUACAUACAUACGUUUGCAUAUUUAAUGUCUUCCUGAUAUUCUUUAAAGACUAACAGAAAAUGUGAAUAUAUAGAGAGAGAGGUAUACACUGGUGUCCAAUUGGUAUAUUUUAGCAUUAUACCACUUUCAUAAAUUUGUCGACACAAUUAGUAUAGCUUGGUACAAAAGCUAGAAGCACGGGGGUACUGCAAGCUCAGUUCCUGCAUGUGUCUCCUAGCUGCCUUAAUAGUUUAAAAAAAAUCUAUAUUCUAAGUGAGGCUGGCAUGUAGCUGCAGGAGAUUGCUUGCUGUUGCCGGUUGAAGAUAAUCAAUCGUGCAAUUGCCUUGGACACUAGCAGACUGUUGCAGUUGGCCGUAGUUGGCAAGGAAGGAAGGAUUUUGCUAACUACUUGCUUAGUGAUAGUGAAACUGUGAAAUUCCAACCAAACACGAAACAGUAACUGUUUAGCUUCGAAUUAAAAGUUGGGACUUUUAAAACAUUCGUUCUGGAAAUAAACCCCAACUUUUCCUUUGAAGGUGAACGGUUUAAGUUUUUCAUUUGCUUUGCACUUUUUCAAUUUCACUGCAACUGUUUGACUGCUUGGUAGCUAGCUAGCAAGAGUUUGCAGACCAAUCUGCACAUUCCAUGUAAACUAUGGGUAACUGCAGCAAUCUGAGUUUCCUGGUGCAGAAAUUGGUGCUCUUUGUGACCAAUUUCAACUGGUAAUAGCCACCAAAUAUCCACCAACUGGUUGGUGGAAUAUGCUUUUUUCCCCCUAGCGAUCAAAGGGAAAAAGUCUGCAAUAGAAUACUAUAAACUACUGCUACUAAAAUAAAUAAAUUAAUCAGUUAAUUUAAGUCAGCAUUUGAAUUAAGGCAUUUUUGUUGUUGUAGGAGACAGAAACGGUUCCUCUUUUGAUGGAGCUAGGCUUACACGUCACCCUUUGCUUCUAGUUUUUGCUCUGAGCUACGCUUCAAGGCACCAUCUUUAAUUUGACUAUAGCGACAACAGAGCAAGAAAAGAAUAUUCAAUUGUACCUGGAUGUUCCUUCAACAGAUUUGUAGUCUCAGCAGAUUGUAGAUAAGGAAAAGAUAACUGAAGAGCUCACAAUAUUUGUUCAGUGUAAUGAUCCAUGAGUGUCUUUCACAUGUACAAUAUAUGUAAGCAUUUUUUUCUAUCACUAUAUUAUUGUACAGCAUUGCUUGUAUAAUUUACAGGUAAAGCAUGUAUUUUAAACUUUUGUAAAUCCAAAAAAUAACCCUGUACAGAUAUAUAUAGAAAUGUAGAAAGCAAUUAAAAGAAAUCAAUUUUCAUUUAACCUCUAAUAAGCAUGAUAAUAACCGGGGUUUAGUAUGUAUGUCCAGGCUGUAUGUUAAAGAUUGAACGAGGGAAACACUUGAAAAAUCACCUGAAUAUCAAACUGUGUGCUAUCUAAGGAUGAACUCUGCAAUGCAUUUUUUGUGCCUUUUAUAUCAAUUUAUGUAAUCUAGACAAUCUUGAAAAGCUUGUGUUCAACCAAAAUGACAUUAAAAUGGGUUUUGGGAAAAAUCUA